AUGGAGGUGGUGCAACUAACAAGAUUCAACUCAAUGGAGAAAAGACCAAGAAUGUUGAAGGAUUUUCUAAGUGAGAAUCCAAACUCAUGUUCCUCAAGCGGAUUCAAAUCAUUUCCAAGAAUAACACCACAAAACGACGUCGUUAAACUCACACCAAUCAACAACAACACCAUUCAAAUCCAUCAUCACUCACAUUCAUCAUCAUCCAAAUUUCAAACACUCAUCAAAACCAUAAAAAACAACGUCUCAUUCUUCAAAAUUACCAAACCACCCUCCACCAUGCUUUCUCUCCCACGAAGCCUCACGCGAAAACUAUCCUCAAAGAGAAGAAGAAGAAGAAACCAGGGAUGCAAAGGAGAAAGAGAAACCGAAAUCGAGUUCAGUACAGUCAAAAUCAAAGACAUCAUACGGUGGAAAUCGUUCCGAGAUUUACAACCUUCCGUUCCGUCACCGCCGGUUGAUUUUCACCGUUAUGUAACGGAAUCGUCUACGGUUACAACUGCAACAACUUGUAGUAGUAGUGACGAUGAUUCUAGCUGGAGUGACGCUGAUUUUUUUAAUGCUUUAUGGGAAGCGCAAAACGACGGCGUUCAAGACAGCCAAAGAAAUUCGUUUUCAUCUGUUUUUGUCGGCAAGGAUUCGCUGGCAGAGUUCGUUGGGGCCAAGGAAGAUUUGAUAUGCCAAGAUGAACAACACAGUCCAGUUUCGGUUCUUCAUGUUGCAGAACAUGAAUUUUCACUCUUUGACCAAAGUCUUGCCAAUAUUGAAAGGAGAAAACAAAAAUGCAGACACAGUGCUGAUAAAUUUGAGAGUCUUGUAAAAUUUGACCUUGCAAUUGCAAACUUGGAUAGGUGUCUGUUAUUAGAUGAGAAAUCAUGCUAUGAUGAAGAAUAUGAAGAUGAUAAUGAGGAGGAUGAGGAGGAGAAGAAAACUGAAGAACAGGACUGGGUUGAGGAAAGGGCAAAACAAUUGCUACAUUGUGUUAAAGCAAAAUGUUCUUCAAUGCAAAAUUGUGAUGACAGUUUAAGUAUAGUUCUGUUGGAUUUUUUCAAGGAAGAACUAAAUGGUAAUAGAAACCAGAAUUGUGAUGAGGGGUUUGAGUUGGAGAUAUUGAAAAUAGCUGAAGAUUGGAUAAAUGGGCCAUUUGAAAAUUCUUAUGAUAUUGUGCUUGUUAAUAAAGAUGCUUAUAUCAAGGAAAUGGAUAGGAGAAAUAGGUGGUCUAGGUUUGGAGAGGAGCAAGAGGAAUUGGUUUUAGAGAUUGAGGAAGCUAUAUUGUAUAGUUUGUUUGAUGAUAUUUUGGAGAUGGAUAGUUAA